GGGGGUUAUAGGCAUCUUAGUAUUCUUAGUUCUGGCCGUUCUGGGUUUUAGUCUUUUAGUACUGCUUCUGAACAAAUAGCAGGAAGAAUUUUAUCUACGGUUAGUGUCUAGUUUCUGGAAUUAUUUUCGUAUUUUGCUAAUUUGAUUUGCCCAACAUUUUUUAUUAAUAUCUGUGAUUUAUCAUAAUAUGGCAUCUGCAAGCAGUAAAGGAACUUUCCAACCCGAUUCAGAUGUUCACAUAUCUUACGAAGAUCAACAAAAAAUUAACAGAUUUGCCAGGCUGAACGCAAAACUCGAGGAUUUCAAAGAUGAAAUCAAAGUCAAAGAGAACGACCUGAAGAGUCUAGAAGAUGCAUGUGAUGAAAUAGCUCUCUUCGACGAUGAGGAGCAAGUCCCUUAUUUGGUUGGUGAAGUUUUUAUAUACCAGAAUGUCGAGAAAACUCAAAAAUGUUUGGAUGAUGCAAAAAAAAGAAUCCAGGAUGACAUCAAGCAGUUCAAAGAAAAAUCAAAUGGAGUUAAGGAAACAAUGAGCGAUUUGAGAUCACAUUUAUAUGGAAAAUUUGGAAGCCACAUUAAUUUAGAAGCUGAUGAAGACUAAUCUCAAAAACCUUUUUUUAAUUGAUUACCUCUUGUAUUUAUUGUCCAAUGAGUGAUGAAAGUACAUUAAUAUGCCUUUCAUUUUCUAAUGCAUGAUUAACCAGUGUUAACUGAAUUUAUAAAAUUUCCAGGAAUUUAAUACAUGCUUACAUUUAUUUCCAUGAGUGUUGAUUUUUUUCAAUGAAAAAGAAACAUUACCAUGAAUAUGCAUUUUAUUUUCUACAAACUACAAAGCACAAAUCAGGUAUGUUUCAGAAUACUGUUCUGAUAAACAUAGGGUUCUGCCACUAAGAUAAACAUUUGUUAAUACUGGCAGAUUUCAUUCAGAGACUAUCCAGUCACCUAGUUAGUGUGUUAGUGAUGCCUCUCACUAAUUCCUUGACAUCACUGUUCCAUGAACAUAAUGGGGAUUUAAGUAUCUUCCUAUUAUUUGUUAAAUAAUAUCAAAGAAUUUCUUGGUUUGGCAAUUUAUUGGACGGAAUUCCAAAAUAUAGGUUGAGAAGUAACUCCAGAAUUGAAGAAUUUCUUUAUAUCAUUUUGUAUCUGUAAAUAUCAGAUAUUUUUCUGCUCAAUGUAUUAAUUUAGUUGUGGCCAAAUAAAAAUACAGAAUGCUUUUC